AUGUCUACUCAUCUAGCAUCUGUUGUACCCUCUGACCAGGACACGGCCUUUACUACUGGGUAUCAAUACCCCCAAGUUAUAGACGAAGACAAUGAAACCAACGUGAACCCUUCCACCGUUCACGAAUCCGCCAUCCAAGACACUCAAGCCGAUGAUGUCACCACUACUUCUCAGCCGGGUGUCGAGCUUAGAGACUUCGAUGAUGACAAUUAUACCCAUGAAUCUGAAGAUCAAGAUAAUCAAAAGCAUGAAUGUUCAGAUCACUCCACCCACUUCAUCCCUUCCACUUCGGAAGCUGAAGUACGUGAGACUGAAACUGGUGCCAGUACCACAAACAACAUCAGGAGUCAUCUGAUCAAUUGUCUAACUUGUCGACAGAUUUAUUUGAACAAUCUCAAUGAUGCGGCUUCAAAAUUAGACAGUAGACUUCAAGCUUUGGAUGAAGAAGCGAAAAUGUUAGGAAGCAAUAUCCGUACUCCAACAGAGGGUUAUGUGGAUGGGGAACGAAACGAGAUAGCUAAAGGGGCAGUAGUGUUAGGUUAUCAACUGGGGUUACUGGAAUCAGAUAGGAGAGGAUAUCUUCGGGGAGUCAUUCAUGCCACACUGAUCAGUGCAGGGGUCUCGACUGCUAUGAUGGGUCUGAGAUAUCUGACGGAAUCUCAUAAUUCUCACACUUGA